UUCCUGUGUGAAAUCUCUGUUCACCCGUUUUACAUACAGUACAUAGGAAUAUUUCCGGAGCUGCAAAGUGAGAGAGAGGGAGUGUAUGGCGAUUUAGAGAGAAAGUCCCCAGUGCAGAAGCAGUAAAUGCUUGUUUACAUUAGUCGGAUAAGCUUUUCCUUCUUCUGCUCACUGUGGCGGCGGUUGCCUCGACUCACCUUCGCCGCAGAUAGCGCCAGUGGAGCUGGCCAUGGGGCCGUGAUACAGCCCGGGCCCUGACCGAGGAUCUGCGUUGCAUGAGAAAACUAACAUUAUUUACUUCCCUGACUGCUGCAUCAAACAAGAGCGAUAAAGGAAAAAACGUAUUUUUUCGAACAUAAAUAUUGUUCCAAGACAAUUACAUGAUCUGAUGUUUGAGGGAGUGUGUUGAUGUGCGGACCAAGCUGACCGAGAUUAUUAUGGCUGUUCUUAAACUCGUCGAGCAGCCUCCGCUGGUUCAGGCCAUCUUCAAUGGAGACCCUGAGGAGAUACGCAUGCUUAUCUACAAAUCGGAAGACAUCAACGCUCUGGAUGCAGACAAGCGAACCCCACUCCAUGCUGCAGCCUUCCUGGGUGAUGCUGAGAUCACUGAGCUUCUCAUCCUCUCCGGGGCGCGGGUCAACGCCAAAGACAACAUGUGGCUCACCCCUCUACACCGAGCGGUGGCAUCCCGUAGUGAGGAGGCCGUUCGCGUGCUGAUCCGUCACUCUGCUGAUGUGAAUGCGCGGGAUAAGAACUGGCAGACGCCGCUUCACGUUGCCGCGGCCAACAAUGCCCUGCGCUGCGCUGAGGUCAUCAUCCCCCUGUUGAGCAGCGUCAAUGUGUCGGACCGCGGGGGGCGCACCGCCCUGCACCACGCUGCCCUCAACGGGCACACUGAGAUGGUUAACCUGCUACUGGCUAAGGGAGCCAACAUUAAUGCCUUCGAUAAGAAAGAUGGCCGCGCCCUGCACUGGGCAGCAUAUAUGGGUCAUCUGGAUGUAGUGUGUCUGCUGGUCAGCCAGGGGGCAGAGGUCAGCUGUAAGGAUAAACGUGGUUACACCUCUCUACACACGGCCGCUUCUAACGGUCAGAUCGCUGUGGUCAAACACCUGCUCAACCUGGCCGUGGAGAUAGAUGAGACCAAUGCGUUUGGUAACACGGCUCUGCACUUGGCCUGUUUCAACGGUCAGGAUGCUGUGGUCAGUGAGCUGAUAGACUACGGAGCUAACGUCAGUCAGCCCAACAACAAGGGUUUCACCCCCCUGCACUUCGCUGCAGCCUCCACCCACGGAGCCCUCUGUCUGGAGUUCCUGGUCAACAACGGGGCUGACGUCAACGUCCAGAGUCGGGAUGGGAAGAGCCCCCUCCACAUGACAGCGGUCCACGGCCGCUUCACUCGCUCCCAGACACUCAUCCAGAAUGGUGGGGAGAUUGACAGUGUGGACAAGGAUGGAAACACUCCUCUUCACAUCGCUGCUCGCUAUGGUCACGAGCUCCUCAUUAACACACUCAUCACCAGUGGAGCCGACUGCACAAGACGAGGAGUCCAUGGUAUGUUCCCUCUGCACCUGGCUGCUAUGAACGCCCACUCAGACUGCUGCCGGAAGCUGCUCUCCUCAGGAAGGAGGUAUAGCAUAAUGUGUCCCCUCAGUAACGACCCCUCGUCCUCGGCUCUGUCUGCAGGCUUCCAGAUCCACACCCCAGACGCACUGGGGAGGACCUGUCUACAUGCUGCCGCCGCCGGGGGUAAUGUGGAGUGUGUGAAGUUGCUUCUGAGCAGCGGUGGGGACCACAACCGGAGGGACAAGUGUGGCAGGACCCCUCUCCACUAUGCGGCUGCCAGUCGUCACUAUCAGUGCCUGGAGACCCUGGUGUCGUGUGGGACCUGCAUUAAUGCCACUGACCAGUGGGGGCGCUCUGCCCUGCACUACGCAGCUGCCUCCGACCUGGACAGAAGGCGACGUCAGGCUCUGGAGCCAGAGAGCGAAGGGGUGCAGGCAGAGAAGGAGAAGGAGGCUGCACUAUGUCUGGAGUUCCUGUUGCAAAGUGGUGCUACUGCCUCUCUGAAAGACAAGCAGGGCUAUAGUCCUGUCCACUAUGCUGCAGCCUAUGGCCACAGACACUGUCUAGAGCUGCUGUUGGACCGAGACGAGAGUCACCAGGAGCACCCAGAAUCUCUGUGUGCCAGGAGCCCCCUGCACCUCGCUGCGUACCACGGCCAUGCCCAGGCUCUGGAGGUGUUGCUGCAGGGGGAGAGGGAAGUGGACCAGGGGGACGAGGCUGGUCGUACUCCUCUGGCCCUAGCAGCCCUCAGGGGCCACACGGACUGUGUCCACACCCUCCUCAGCCAGGGGGCUUCGCCACGCACCACAGAUACCAACAGGGGACGCACCCCUGUACACCUAGCAGUGAUGAAUGGCCAUACCUCGUGUGUACGCCUCCUGCUGGAUGACCAAGACAGUGCAGACCUGGUGGAUGCUGCAGACUCUCGGGGACAGACUCCUCUGAUGCUGGCGGUGGCAGGGGGACAUGUGGACUCUGUGUCUCUGCUGCUGGAGAGAGAGGCUGCUGUAGACACAGCAGACAGCCAUGGCCUGACUGCCCUGCACCUUGGGCUGCUGUGUGGUCAGGAGGAGUGUGUCCAGUGUCUGUUGGAGCAGGAGGCCUCUGUGUUGCUGGGGGACUCCAGGGGCCGAACAGCCCUCCAUCUGGCUGCAGCGAGGGGCCACGCAUCCUGGCUCGCUGAGCUGCUGAGUAUCGCUUUUUCUGAACCGCCCACGCCCCGCCUCCGAGACCACCAGGGGUACACCCCCCUGCACUGGGCCUGCUACUAUGGUCAUGAGGGCUGUGUGGAGGUACUGCUGGAGCAGAAAGGUUGUCGCUGUAUCGAUGGGAACCCCUUCACUCCCCUGCACUGUGCUGUGCUGAAUGAUCAUGAAUCCUGUGCCGCACUACUGCUGGAGGCCAUGGGAUCAGACAUCGCCAGCUGUAAGGAUACUAAAGAUAGGACUCCACUCCAUGCUGCAGCGUUCUCUGGUCAUGUGGACUGUGUCCAGCUGCUUCUGUCCCAUGAUGCACCUGUGGAUGCUGUGGAUCAAUCAGGGCGCAGUGCGCUGAUGAUGGCUGCAGAGAAGGGAGGAGUGGGGGCUGUAGAGGUGCUGUUGACCAGUGCCAACGCCAGCCUGGGUUUGGUCGACCAGAAUGGCAACACAGCCCUCCACCUGGCCUGCAGUAGCGGAAAGGAGGAUUGUGUUCUGUUCAUCCUGGAGAGGCUAAAGGAUACUGUUCUCAUAGGUGCCACAAACGCAGCACUGCAGACGCCACUCCACCUAGCAGCUCGUAGCGGCCUGAAACAGGCUGUCCAGGACCUGCUGUCCAGGGGGGCCAGUGUUCAGAUGUUGGAUGAGAAUGGUCUGACGCCUGCUCUAGCUUGCGCUCCUAGCAGGGAGGUGGCUGACUGUCUGGCUCUCAUUCUGGCUACCAUGAUGCCUUUCUGCUCCCCUUGCAGCUCCGGAGUCCCCUCCCCAGGUUCCCUCCUGAGGGCCCUAUCCAGGCACAAGGGUUCGCGGGACCCUCGUAGCCCCAAGGCCCCCUCUGGCCCCUCCAGCGAGGGAAGUGCCAGUCAGGGCACCACUGAAAACGACUCAGACUCAGAAACCUUUUGACCCCUAUGACUUUUAAAAGACUACCAGGAUGUCUGCAGAGCCGCAGUUUCCCACCACCGACCACCACGAAUCCCUCGUUUGUGUCCCAAGAGUAGAACCUGUGUGGGGGCUUGUACAGGACUUUGUCCCCCCCUAAUGGCUGGAGCUCAACCUCAUGUGAUCCUACCUGCUGGUGUUUCUUAUCCAGAUCAAUCUAGGUACUCGGUCUCAGCUUGGCUAUCUAUGACAGCAGCUGAGACUUUUCUAAUUAAAGCUAUUUUGUUUGUAGGACCUUUUAAAAAAUUAAAAAAUAAGUUUAUUUUGGUUGACUGAUGUACCAAAUAUUGACGUAUAUUUUUGUGUCAGCAUUCAUACUGAUCUGCCCAGAGAUGUGAGUAUAGCACAAACCAACUAAAGCACAAUUCUAGAAUUGACUUAAGUCUAUUAUAAAGAAACAUGAUGGAAUGUGCAUGAGGCGGAUAGAAGUGGUACCCUUUCAACUUCUUGUUUCCACACCAAUAGAAAUCACCCACGUCAACUGACCUGGAAAAGCUCUGGGCUGUAGUUAUUGGCUAUAGGUGACUAGGACUGUUCCUGAUCCUGUCCCUAGUGUUACAGGACGACAGUGCUUCAGUAGUUUACAUGAUCAGGUCUCCAGUGAAGAGGUUGACACCUGUACGGUAUUUAUUAACGCUUAUAUUAAGGUACAGAAUACUGCUUGCACUUAAACUGUAAAGGAGAGCAGGACCUUGACCUCUCUCCAUCCCCCUUUCCCAUCUAGUUUGUCUACCUACCAGCAAUGUGCCAGUCUAACUUGUCCAGUGCCUUGUUAAACCUUUGUAUUCAUUUUUUAAAUUGACAUUUUCCAAAAGAAGUGUACGCAUUCUUCUGGUGCGUGUGGUGUCUAUUCAAUCCGUAUCGCAGAAGUUCAGCUUUACAUUUAAAGGCAAUGUUCCUGCUUGAGCGGAGACGACCUUAACAUUUCUAUAGCGGAAUCUGUCACGCUUCAACUGUACAGAUUGAAUAGAGCCCUAGAUUGUGUAUUAUGGAUGUAUGUGACUGAGAUGAGUUGAUUAACUCUUGGGGUCAUGUCACUUCUAACCCGGAAGAAAAAAACCACACCAAUGUUUUAUACACUCCUAUGAUCGGACGUGUGUAUGUCUGCAACAAGAUGUCGUUCUGCAUGUCAUUGUAAAGCACAACCUUGUUUGUAAUAACUCUACCCCAGAGCACACACUUUUUAAAAAGCACAGUGUUAGUUUAAACACCUCAAGGCUUGUUGAUAAUGAAAGUAACGAAGUGAUUGGGUCUGUGUCCCAAAUGGACCCCUAUUCUCUACAUAGUGUAAUACUUUUGAGAAGAAUCCUAUGUAGUGCACUAUAGGGAAUAUAGCCAUUUAGGAUGCUGCCAUGGAUCAGUAUUAUGAUGCCAGAAGGAGCAUCACACCACCAGUCAGUUGUGACAAUCGGAUCAGAUUGAUUUUCAUACCAGUUCCUGAUGCAGUAUGAAAUGCUCAAGGCUGUUUGUCUUUUUAUGAAUGAAUUGUACAAUAAUAUAAAAAUCUGUUUUAAUUUA